UUCUGCCUGCCUGAACUCCUCCUCGGCCAGCCCUACAAAGCAACUGACAGGCCUGCAAUGACUUCCUGACGGAGCACUGUAACUUUGUAGCUCAAGGAACAACUUGAGGUCGUUUCUUAUCAUAAAUACUCCCAUCAGAUGCACAUAUAUCCGUCAGCCUUAACCUAAUGACCCAGCAAGAGCAGCAUGAGUUUAGGGAAAGUUUGGCAGAAGCCCUGUCCUGGAUGCAGGCCGUCCAGGAAAGGCUUAAGCAAAACGAUAAUACCCAAGGACCCAGAUCAGCGCUGGAGGUCAGGCUCCGAGAGACAGAGAAAAUUCAUAGCUCAGAGCAUGAAGGCCAUGUGAAGAUGGACAGGGUGUUGGUGGCUUCUGAACCUCUGCUUCGAAACGGAGAUGAGGAGAUGAAGAAUCAGACACUUUCGAAACUCAAAGAUGUAAAAGCACUCUGGGAGGAAACAUUAACCUACAUCAUUCACUGUCACAGUCGUAUCGAGUGGGUUUGGCUGCACUGGAGUGAGUACCUGAAGGCCCACGAGGAGUUUGGGAUGUGGCUGGAGAAGAUGCACAGGGCUCUGGAGCCCCUACUUGAGAUGCAGCUGGGUCUCCAGGAGAAGAUCUGGCAGGUGGAUCAUCUGCAGGUCCUUCACAGUGACAUUCAAGCCCAGGCUCAGUUUCUGGAGAGGCUUCUGGAUGAGGCUGCAGCCCUUUAUAACCGCACUGAAGACCCAAGUGUAGAUGACAAAACUCAGCAGAGUCUUCAAGAUGCCUACGAUCACAUUCAAGUGCGAGCACAGGAAAGAUUAACAUUGGCACAGAAAAUAGUAAAGGAGCACCAGCAGUACCAAAGUUGCGUUGAUAAAUUUCAAAGCUGGUUGAUGUCUAAAACAGAAGAAGUCAGCUGUUUCAGCGACAUGGAGGAUACGACACAAAAUAGGCUGAAAGCCCUGCAGGAACUAGACGCUAGCAUAGCCAAAGAAGAACUCACUCUCCAGCACAUUGAAAACCUGUCUGAAGCUGUGAAGGCCAACACGUCUCCAGCAGGUGCGGAAAAGAUCACAGAAGAGGUAGAGGAGUUGAGACAGGCCUGGCAGAAGUUACGGCAAACACUGCUGGAGAAUCAAGAAGAGCUGCAGAGCUCGCUGGACUCUGAGAACGAGUAUUUAAACCGCUGUAAGGAGCUGUGGGCAGAACUGGAGCAGCUUCGAACUUUGGUCCAGAACCUCAGCAGUGAUUUGGAAAGCAGGGAUGGAGAGAGGACUGAGGAACACAUGGUAGCUCAAUGGAAGACACACACGGGUGCGCGCAACAAGCUCAUUGCAGAGGAGCCCAGAGUGGAACAGCUGAAAUCCCAGUUGAAAGAGCUAUUCCGAUUCCCACAAGAUUCCAAAAGCCUGUCUGAUGAGAUGCUAGCAGUUGUGAAAGAGUACCAGAGUGUGAAAGGCAGAUCUUUCAGGCUGUCCUCUGAGAGCGAGAUGGCUCUUCGACAGAUACUGCAGGAUCCUCUGUAUGGCUUCAGUCAGUGGAGUCAGGUGGUUUCUCAGGUCCUGGAGGUAUCCACCGACGUAACCGAUUUCUCUCAAAUCGCUCUGCUCGUGCAGCAUAUAGAGAAGUUACUUAAAAACAGCGUGCAGCUCCAGGAGCGCUUGAGUUUGCUCCAGGUAAAGAGUGAUCUGCUCAGCUCAGUUUUUGGCCAAGAGAAAGCUGACGAUCUGUUGGAAGAGCUCAGCGGGGAUGUGAGGAAGAGAGACUUACUCCACAGCCAGCUCCUACAGCGCAAGAACCGCCUGCAGGGUUUGAUAUCAAAGACGAAGGACUUUUCAGACGCCUAUGACUCCAUACACAAAAAACUAACCUCCAUAAAGGAGCGGUUCAUCGCGAUGGAUGGACUUCAACCUGACAUUCUUGCCAAAAAGACCCAGGCCGACCAACUCCGGGUCAUUAGGAAGGACUUGGAAGAUUGUGAAGCACAUAUCAUAGCUCUCGAGACCCUGGUGUCCUCCAACCCUACAAACAGGACAAAGUUUGAGCGUCUGAAUGCGGAUUGGAAUUUGCUGUACAAGGCGGUUCGGAUAAAGGUGAAUGAAAGUGAGGAGAACAUUGCAGAACAUGAGAGUUUCCAUGACAAUAUUCUGAAUAUGGAGAAAUGGUUAAUGAUCAUGAGACAAAAACUAGAGUCGUUUCACGGAUCGGAUGGGGAAUGGAGCAUCGAUAACCGCCAGCAUGAGGCUGAGAGGGCGCUAGGAGAGUUUCCAGAGAAGGAGCUUCAGCUUCAUCAGACGGAGGCUCAGGGUCAGACUGUGCUGGCCAGAACCUCAGAUGAAGGCAAAGUUCACAUCCAGCAAGACCUUAAACGCCUCAGAGAAACCUGGAUGUCCCUCCACACGCUUAGUCUCAAUCUUUACAGCCUUCUGAAUAGGCAGGCAGCCACAGGCAACCAAGACUCCCAAUUACAGAGAACCGAGUUGCUGGACAGAUGGGCUGAAGGCCAUCACCAGGGAACGACUUCAGACUUUGAAGUGGGAUUUGCCAAAGGAGAUGAAGGAACAGACCAGCAUCAGAGAUCCUACCAUGGAUCAAAAUCAACAGGCCACCCACAACUGGAGAGGAACAUGGAAGCAAAACCAGAUCGAAUUCGAAUUGUGCUCCCUGAGGGCGACUCAAGACAAGGAGGUUCAGAGGUCUGGAGACGAGAGUGGCGUUACCAAGACCAGUCCAUGGAUGAUGAGGUAGAUGCAGUCAUAUCUGGAGGUGACCGUAAUGUGAACAGGAAGUGGACUGGAAUAGACGAAAGUGACUUGAUCAGCACUGGUGGUCGGACUGGGGAAUGGGUUGAACAACACAUAUCUGCUUCUGGGAUUGAAGACCUGGAUAUAAAAAGCAGAUACAGCUUUUUAAGUGGGACUGACUCUGACGCACAGAAAAGGAAGCGGCCAUCACAGAUGCCCUCUGAUGACACUCAGAUGGGCUCUCAGGGGCCCCAGCGUCAUGCUGAUAUGGAGGCUCAGAGGAGAGAGUUUGAAGUGUGGCUUCACAAGGAAAACGACAAACUCACAGAAAUUCUGAACAACCAAAGAUCCUUGAGCGCUAAAGAACUGAGGAUAAAACAGAAUACACUCAAGGGUCUACAUGCCAGUGUAGCCUGGGGUCAGAGUCAGUUUCAGAAGUUGUUGGCCGGUCGGCAGAGUAAGUCAGCAGAGGAGGAUGUGGAACUAGAAGAUCUGCGUUAUCGCUGGAUGUUAUACAAGUCCAAACUUAAAGAGGCUGGUGACCUCAGAGGUCUGCUAAAACAACAGGGUGUCAGUGGACAGGGACAGGAGCAUGUCCGAGCUGGAAAGGCAAACAGCAGUCUCAGCUUCCUUUACCGUGUAUGUCGCGUGGCUCUUCCUCUCCAGCUCCUGUUGUUGGCCCUGCUGCUGCUGGCUUUCCUGCUGCCCAUGAUGGACGAGGGCACCAGCUGUUCACUGUCUAACAACUUCGCCCGCUCCUUCAACAUCAUGCUCCGCUACGACGGACCUCCACCCACCUAAGCGUCGACAAACAAAAGCAGCUUUUUAAAAAAAACCAUGGUGUUUAUAUAACAAAUACUUAUAUUUUUUAUCAUUGUUCUGUUAAUGUUUUAAGUCAUUUUAUUUUUGGCUCUCAGCUGGUCUCACUCCACCGUACACCCACCGGUGGACCCAGCAGAUGAGAAAGCUUGUGUUUGUGUGUAUGUUUGUGUGAGAGAGAGAGUGAAAAUGUGUGUGGGUGGAUGGCAUAGACGCUCACAACCUGCUCGACAUGAUUCAAGCUGUUCAUUUCUCUACAGGCAUUUGGAGAAACCAGUGCAGCUUUUACAAAGAGAAAAACUCCCUUAAAGACAUCUACUCAGGAUCCAUAGCAAAUCCCUCAUGUUUUUAUGUUCGUUCUGUUGUGGCUAGUUACUAAAGGGAUCGUUCACCCAAAAAAGAUGUUCUCCCAUCAUGUACUCGCCCUCAUGUUGUUUAAAACAUGUUUGACUCACUUUCUUGUGUAACACAUUUUUUUUGUCCUUAGUGGGGUCCAGUGUUGUUUUUGACCCAACUGGUGUUCAUUGUAUGAAUUAAAGCAAUAACAAUAUUAUUGCUGUUAAAUCGAUUAAUCACGAUUAAUCACAUCCAAAUUAAAAGUAUGUUUACGUAAUAUGUGUGUGUACUGUGUAUAUUUAUAUAUACAUAUAAAUAUACACAGUACACACACGUAAACAAAUUUUUAGGGUGGAUGCGAUUAAUUGUGAUUAAUCGAUUUGACAGCACUAAUAUUUUUAUUGCUUCACAUUCAAAAUACAAAUGCGUUUUACAUAUGUGUGUGUAUUGUGUAUAUUUAUAUAUACAUAUAGAUAUACACAGUACACAUAUGUAAACAAACUUUGAUUUUUGGAUGCGAUUAAUCGAGUUGACAGCACUAAUAUUUUUAUUGCUUCGCAUCCAAAAUCAAAGUGUGUGUGUACAUAUACACAGUACACACACAUAUGUAAACAAACUUUUAUUUUGAAUGCGAUUAAUCGUGAUUAAUCGAGUUGACUGCACUAAUAUUUUUAUUGUUUCGCAUCCAAAAAGAAAGUGUGUUUUACAUAUGUGUGUGUAUUGUGUGUAUUGUGUAUAUUUAUAUAUACAUAUAAAUAUACACAGUACACAUAUGUAAACAAAUUUUGAUUUUGAAUGUGAUUAAUCGCGAUUAAUCGAUUUGACAGCACUAAAAAUGUCUUUUUCAAAGACAUGAGGGUGAGCACAUGUCAGAAUUUUAAUUUUAAUUUUCAGAUGAGCUGUUCCUAUAAAUAGUUUUAAUACUGUGGUAUGUCUUGUAUUUAAACUGAAUUCUGCAUGUUUUUAUUCAUACCGCUUAUUUAAAAUCUUUCGUUUGCUGUUUUACUCAGGCCACUCAAACUAAACUGUGUUUAAAAUUUGAUUGAUUUUAAAGGUCAAAAUCAAUACAGACAUUCCUGUAUCACUCCAUAGCUAAGGUGCACAUGCUUUCAAAGAAUAGUUUUCUUUCAACAGUUACAUUGUUAAGCUUUACGACUGAGUUUUGGCCUUGGUUGGCCUCUGAUUGUUGUUAUAGGUUACUGUAAGUGUUUUGCAGGCAUAGAUUAUUAAGUUAAAAAUAGCUCUAUUUGGGGGGAAAUGUCCUUUUUUGAACAUAACGUUGGAACUCUGACCUUUUUGGUCUGUUUUUCUUUUCUUUUCUUUCCUUUUUUGCAAGCAGUGUCUCCGCUGGGAAUUCUAAGGGCCCAAAACCAUAAGAGGUUGAGUUCAGUUAUUUUUUCAGGACUGGUUCUUUAAGGUCAUGGUUUGAUGAAAGGAAUGCCUUGGUUUAUUUUUUGUCCAGAACAAAGGCUUCUCUGACAAAUGCUCUGUCAUUCAGAGCUGGCAAAAGUCAAAGCCCUGUUUGAACGCAUCCUUGAGCUUUAUGUUUGUAGUGUUAAACAUUAUUUAGAGGCUAAUUGCAUGGCUUUACAGCUUUGACUAGUAUUACACAUACGCACACCGCUUUUAUCCUGUAGCAAAAUGCCCUUUUAAAAUCGUGUUCAGACCUCUCCGCGUAUCUCUAUGUUAAAACUGUAAUUUUCAUUAAUAUGUGAUGCACUAUCUAAUGUUAAAUGCAUUAAUAAUAGUGCAUGGUCAGAAAGAGAUUUAACAGAAAAUAUGCUGCAUUUUCCAAAAGAAACUGUUAUGUUGAAGCUCGGCAUAUCAGUUUAUUGCACUGCUUUAUUAUUUGUAUUUAAAGGAAUAGUUCACCCAAAUCUGUGUGUGAACUGUUCCUUAAUCUCUUUUUAUGUUAAUGCAGACCCUUUAAUGAUCUAUACCGGAUUCAUCAAUGAUACUGUAUGUUCUAUACUAGACUGUACAAUACUGUGUUAACGGUUCAACUGUUACAAAAUCACCGUAUAUGAUCAUUAAAUGUAUGCUAAUAUAGCUAGUUUACAGCACUGUGUGCAUGGGAGUUUUCUCAUCGAAGAUCUUUGAUUUGGGAAGAAAAUACUGGAAAAUAUUUUCAGACAGCUAACGAAAUCAAACAAAAGCAUGUAGAAAUUAUAACGAGUUUAAAUGCAUGAAGGGUUGUAAGCCAAUGUAUUAAGAAAAAAAAGGUUCAACAUUUAUUUUAUUACCAUAUUUUGGAAUGAAUGAAACUCUUAUGAUGUAUCUUUAAACUGAUAAAUAUAUAUACCAUAUGAAGCAUAUAACCAGUAUUUUUGUAUUUUACUCCAGGCAAUAAACAUGCAGUGCAUUUUCA